UUUUAUAAAAUAGGGUUUUCUGAAUAUAUUGUCAUUCAAACAUCAUUGGUAAAGUAACUAUGUUUUUAGUUUGUUUGUUCAAGAAUAUUAUCCUCUAAAAAGAUUCUACAUCGACCAUGUCUAAUACACUUGAUGACAACGCUAAGAAAGCCUCCAAUGAUCAGGGAGGGCAUAAAGAUAGCCAACGAAGAGACUCGGUGACCCAGUCAUUCCUACAUUCCUUGGGAACUUCUCGGGAGAUUGGCCGACCCAUUAAAGUUGAAGAGGGUUUCAAGCCUAGGACCAAAACUUCAGAUGACUAUGAGAUCCUCUACGAUCCAGAGAUUGACAAGAAUCAUCCGUUGGAUAAAUGGAGGCGAAAUGUCUACCUCAGAUGUAUGCUCAGCCGUGAGAUUGCCAGGUAUCUGGACAGACAAACUUUCAUCACUGUUUCAACGAGGGAGGCACUCUUAUACGGCAUUUUUCUUAUAUUACUAAUUGUCAUCACUUUUGGAUCGUUUUCCUUGGAAAAGUUUUAUCUCAAUGAAGCGAUGGUUUCAAGAUAUACAGAACUUGCUUUUGAAAUUGAAGAUUUGGAGGAUGUAGAUGAUGAUUCAGCUCCUUUGGGGAUAAGUUUCUACCAAAUAAACACUCUAGAACAUUACCAGAGCCACAUUGCUGAAAAUCUUAUUUACAGACCAUUUUGGUAUACCCAAGAUGGUUUAUAUGAAAACAAGUUGAUGGGUCAACCUCAGAUCAGACAGUUGAGAACAAAGAAUUGUUCUUGUGAAGUGCAUGGCUAUUCGAUUAUAAAUUCUUCCAUGGCUUGCUACAUGCCGUACUCCGAGAGCAAUGAGGAAACCGAUAACAUGGGUUUGGAUUCACAACCAACGACAGAACGGCUAGCUCUAGUUAACAAAUGGCUCCCAGCUACUAAGACUGGUUCGUUGCCGUAUGGUGGAACCUUUGCUAGAUAUGGUGGCGGAGGGUACGUCGCACUUCUGCAAAACGAGGACGACGCAGUGCAACUGACCGCGGCACUCAAGAGUUUCAAGUGGUACUCGAGAGCUACUCGUGCCAUCUUUAUCGACUUUGCCAUUUACAACGGAAAUGUCAACUUAUUUUGUAUUUUCAAGCUGCUAUUUGAAAUACCCCCUUCGGGUGGUGUCUUACCCUCUGCCAUGAUCACCACAAAGAAACUGCUUCGCUACAACGAUGGGUCAGACUACGUUAUUUUGGCUUGUGAGAUUGUCUGUAUGAUAUUUGUGGUUUUCUACACGGUACAAAAAAUAUUGGAAAUAAAGACUCUCCGGCUGAAAUUGUUCAAGUCGUUCUGGAAUUACAUUGACGUGAUAGUGCUGAUAAUGAGCUACUUUACAUUCAUUUUCAAUGUAUUACUUUACAUCAACAUGAAUAAACUACUCCCAAUACUGAAGGACCCAAGCUAUGAGGACAAAUACAUUUCCUUCGACACUCCUUUGUACCUCCACAUCCUUUUCAGCCGAUCAUUCGCUGUUCUCAUUGCAUUUGCUUUCUUGAGACUUCUGAAAUAUUUCAACAUUGUACAUUCUAUCUACCGUCUUCAUAGUACAGUACAUAGGGCUCUGCCAGACAUAAUGAGCUAUUUCAUUAUAUUUUUCUACCUCUAUUUCGUUUUUGCUUUUGUUGGAUUGUACUUAUUUGGCAGUAAGUUGGAGGACUUCAAGACAUUUCUGCUGGCCCUGUUUGCUCUGAUGAGGUACUCCAUCGCAGACUUCAAAUUCGACGCUCUAGAACAGGCUGACCCGAUUUUGGGACCGAUCUUCUUUUUCACUUACAUAUUCUUCAUGGUCUUCAUUGUUGCGAGCAUGUUUCUGGCCAUCUUGGUGCCUCAUUACAAAGAAGUUCUGAGUGAAGUGAGUAUCGGAGGAGCUAAAACGUUCAUCUCAGACAUGAUGCUGAUCUGGCUGAUGCAGCUUCUGGGUAAACUGGAAUGUUCUUGGCUGCUGUCUCAGAUAGAGCGAGAAGUCUACGAGGAGAAGGUCCACUCGCCUUCAGAACACGUUCGGUAUUACUUGGCACAAGCAGGAUACUCAGAGUUGGAAAUUGAGCUGUUUUUCAAGAAGUAUGACAUUACCGACAUGAAAAUAGAUGCUAUGGAUCCAACUAGAACGAACUUCAGGAAAGGAGAAAGGGAGGCCCCUCCACCACUGUCUCAAAAAGAUAUAUUGCGCUACAUUUUGAUUAAUAAGCUUGACUAUUUGGAAGCCCAAUACGGAGAAGCUAGCAAACUCCUCGACAAGUUUCUACAAAAACUUGAUAGUGUUAAUGUUAAAUAGAGAUCAUCAUAUUUAAUUGUA